GCUACACAGUCACUGUCGCCACCUGGGAGCUUGGACUGCGUAUACAGAGAGUAAUAAAUAGCCUAUGUAAAACGAGAUAUGGCGAAUAGCCCUGUCAAAAGUUAUGUGCAGCUGUUCCAGAUAACCCUGUACAUUCCAACAUUUGUCCUGGGAUUGCUGUUCAAUAUGAUGGCUUUGUGGUUUGUCUUUUGUAAGAUCAGGAAACUGACAGAAUCAACAAUCUACCUGGUGUCACUUAUUACUCUGGAUACCUUGCUGCUGUUUACCCUUCCUUUUAAAAUAAUUUCCUAUGGCUCCCAGGACAAGUGGAACUUGGGGUCGACAUUCUGCUCAUUCCUGGAAAGCCUUUACUUUGUGAACAUGUAUGGGAGCAUUCUCAUCUCCCUGUGUAUAUGUGUGGACCGAUAUAUUGCCAUCCGACAUCCAUUCUUAGCCAUUUCCCUGAGAUCCACCAAGAAAGCUGCUAUGGUCUGUUCCAUCGUCUGCUUGGGUGUGUGGGCUGGAACUUCCUUUACUUACCAAUUCCAUGAUAGCACAAUUACUACAUGCUUCCAUAACUUCUCUAAUAAAAUAUGGGAAAACCCAGGUGUGCUUGUCACCUUGGAGAUUGCCUUUCUUGGCAGCAUGACAGCAAUGAUCUUCUGCACAGCUCAGAUCAUGAUAUGCUUGAAAAGGAGCAGAAAGCCAGACGAUCCCUUUACUGACACAAGUAAAUCAGUGAAGAUAGUCAUGGCAAACCUAGCCACAUUUGUUGUCUGUUUCACCCCUUUCCAUGUGGCAUUGAUCUUGUAUUAUUUGGUAAAAAGAGAGGUCAUCACAAGCAAUCUUCUGCAAAUCUUACGGUCUUUUGUUCAGAUCAGCCUCUGCUGGGCUAACCUCAACUGCUGCCUGGAUGCAAUUUGCUAUUAUUUUGUCCUUAAGGAGUUUUUGAAAUCCCCACCUCAGGAGAGUCAGAAAACAACCAACAGUAGUUAAUCAAAGUGCUGCAAGUCUCACUCAUUCUGGCAGCAGGACCAGGGGAAGCUUUUGAAAACUGAUCACUUCUAGCUAAUUUUGAAGAUUGUUUUCAUCUGAUGCUCACUGAACUCUCUCUUAAGCCAUCAUCCAAAGGACCAGCAAAAAUCAAUUGCCAAAUAAAAGUAGUUCUAACUAACAGUCAAACAAAACUGUAUUUGAAAACCAAAUGGUUACCAGAAAGUGUUGCCUAUUGAAGAGCUACUUCAAUAGGAACUGUGCGGGCUCAGUUAAGGUAGGUGCCUAAUUGUAGACACUCAAGGUGGAAUUUUUUAUUUGAAAAUAUAAAAACAGUGAAGUCUGUACUAAGAACCACCUCCUUAA